CCAGAAACCCUUGAAACAGGAACGUGCCUUUAUUCUGGGAUGGCAAGGAUGGGCGGUUGGCCACUCCAGAAGGGGGAGCAAGGGUCCUUCCUGGAGCCUGCAGUUUGGUCUCUGAACGCCACCGAGCCUGUCGCAGCUGCUGAGAGCCUGGCUGAGGUACCUGAACAUGUGCUUCGAGGACUUCCGGAGGAAGUGAGGCUUUUCCCAUCUGCUGUUGACAAGACUCGGAUUGGUGUCUGGGCCACUAAACCAAUUUUAAAAGGCAAAAAGUUUGGGCCAUUUGUUGGUGAUAAGAAAAAAAGAUCUCAGGUUAAGAAUAAUGUGUACAUGUGGGAGGUGUAUUACCCAAAUUUGGGAUGGAUGUGCAUUGAUGCCACCGAUCCAGAGAAGGGAAACUGGCUGCGGUAUGUGAAUUGGGCUUGCUCAGGAGAAGAGCAGAAUUUGUUUCCGCUGGAAAUCAACAGGGCCAUUUACUAUAAAACUUUAAAGCCAAUCGCGCCGGGCGAGGAGCUCCUGGUCUGGUACAAUGGGGAAGACAACCCCGAGAUAGCAGCUGCGAUUGAGGAAGAGCGAGCCAGCGCCCGGAGCAAGCGGAGCUCCCCGAAAAGCAGGAAAGGGAAGAAAAAAUCCCAGGAAAGUAAAAACAAAGCAAACAAAGCUGAAGACACACCCCUGAAGACAAACGAGCCAGAUUCUGCUUCUGCAAAUAUGAGAGAUUCUGCGGAAGGUAAGCUUCGAAGUUGGACUUGUUCGGGUCCCAAAGAGGACGAGAAGCCUUCGGCCUCAACAGCUGAGCAGACCGCCGUUCUUCAGGAAGCGGUUAGUCAGGAUGUGCUUCCAGAACCGGUAGUCUCCCCCACUGCCUGCGCGCCCCACGCGGAACCCGAGGAGAAGCCAGAAGCAGCGAACUGUGAGGCGAACGAUUUGGAGGAAGAGGAGGAGGAGGAAGAAGAUGAAGAUGAUGAGCUGGAAGAAGAGGGGGAGGAAGAAGCUGACACGCCAAAUGAAAGUUCUGUGAAAGAGCCGGAAAUUCGGUGUGACGAGAAGCCUGAAGAUUUGUUAGAGGAACCAAAAAAUGUUUCGAAAGACGCUCUCGAAGGCUCUCCAGGGCUGACGCCUGUCAGCAGAACUCCUAAAACUAAGGAAGAGGCCAAUGGUGAUAUGUUUGAAACGUUUAUGUUUCCGUGUCAGCAUUGUGAAAGGAAGUUUACAACCAAGCAGGGGCUUGAACGCCACAUGCACAUCCACAUAUCCACCGUCAAUCACGCCUUCAAGUGCAAGUACUGCGGGAAGGCGUUCGGCACCCAGAUCAACAGGCGGAGGCACGAGCGGCGCCACGAGGCGGGGCUGAAGCGCAAGCCCGGCCUCACGCUCCAGCCGUCGGAAGACCCGGCUGAUGGCAGAUCGUCCGGAGACAGCGUGGCUCCAAAGGACGACUCGACUCCUUCCGGUCUCGGGCAAGACUCUCUGCUCUUGCGUUCAGAGAAGGCUCCGCAAGAAAAUGUCGGUUCUUCUGUUGCAGAAGAGAAUGGGGAAGUGAAGGAGCUUCAUCCGUGCAAAUACUGUAAGAAGGUCUUCGGGACACAUACCAACAUGAGGCGGCAUCAGCGCAGAGUCCACGAACGCCAUCUGAUUCCCAAGGGCGUGCGGCGGAAAGGGGGCCUCCUGGAGGAGCCGCACCCCCCCGCGGAGCAGGCCCCGCCCGCCCAGAGUGUCUACGUGCCCAGCACGGAGCCCGAGGAGGACGGGGAGGCCGACGACGUGUACAUCAUGGACAUCUCCAGCAACAUCUCUGAAAACUUAAAUUUCUACAUCGAUGGCAAAAUUCAGACCAGCAGCAGCACGAGUAACUGUGACGUGAUUGAGAUGGAGUCCGGUUCGGCCGACUUGUACGGCAUCAAUUGCCUGCUUACUCCGGUCACGGUGGAAAUCACUCAGAAUGUAAAGGCCACACAGGCCCCCGUAGCCGACGAUCUUCCUAAAGAGCCUUCCAGCGGCACGAACAGUGAGUCCAAGAAACGGAGAACGGCGAGUCCUCCCGUGCUCCCUAAAAUCAAAGCCGAGACGGAGUCUGAGCCCUCGGUGCCCGCGUGUUCCUUACUGCCUCUCAGCAUAUCAACUUCGGAGGCGGUGUCUUUCCACAAAGAGAAGAGUGUGUACCUGUCGUCGAAGCUCAAACAACUGCUUCAGACCAAGGACAAACUAACGCCUCCUGCGGGCAUUUCGGCCACGGAAAUACCGAAGUUAGGUCCCGUUUGCGUGUCUGCUCCCGCGUCGAUGCUGCCCGUGACCUCGAGUAGGUUUAAGCGGCGGACCAGCUCUCCCCCCAGUUCCCCACAACACAGUCCUGCCCUCCGAGACUUUGGAAAGCAAAGUGAUGGCAAAGCGGUGUGGACCGAUGCCGUUCUGGGUUCCAAAAAACCCAAAUUAGAAAGUCAUAGCAACUCACCAGCGUGGAGUUUGUCUGGGAGAGAGGAGAGAGAAACGGUGAGCCCGCCAGGCUUUGAUGAAUACAAAGUGUCUAAGGAGUGGGCAGCCGGUCCUACUUUCAGCAAUGUGUGCAACCAACAGCCGCUGGACUUAUCCAGUGGUGUCAAACAGAAGGCCGAGGGCACAGGCAAGACCCCGGUCCAUUGGGAAUCUGUAUUAGACCUCAGUGUGCAUAAGAAGCCUUGUAGUGACUCUGAAGGCAAGGAGUCGAAAGAAAACCAUCUGGUGCAGCCAGCCUGCAGUGUCAUAAAGAAAAAGAAGCCAACCACCCGCAUGCUGCAGAAGGUUCUUCUCAACGAGUACAAUGGCGUCGAUUUACCCGCAGAGAAUGCUGCAGACGUGACCCGGAGCCCGAGUCCUUGUCAAUCCCUGGAUCCCCAGCCAGACUCUGGCCUCGGCCCUGACGCUGGUUUAUCGGCCCCUGUGGUCGAGUCCCCACCUGAUGUCUCUCCUUCCUCGCCUGCCCUGCAGACAUCUUCCCUUUCUGCCGGGCAGCUGCCUCCUCUCUUGAUCCCAACGCAUCCCUCUUCCCCCCCGGCCUGUCCUCCUGUGUUGACUGUUGCCACGCCACCCCCUCCACUCCUUCCUACUGUCCCUCUUCCGGCCUCCUCUUCUGGGGCGUCUCCCCGUCCGUGUCCCUCUCCGCUCUCGAAUGCUACCGUGCAGUCGCCACUUCCCAUUCUGUCCCCUACGGUGUCCCCCUCGCCGUCUCCCAUCCCUUCCGUGGAACCUCUCACGUCUGCUGCUUCGCCCGGACCCCCGACCCUUUCCUCAUCUUCUUCCUCGUCUUCUUCCUCAUCUUCGUUCUCCUCUUCUUCCUCCUCCUCUUCCCCCUCGCCGCCGCCGCUCUCGGCAGUGUCAUCCGUUGUUUCCUCUGGGGAUAAUCUGGAAGCUUCUCUCCCCAUGAUAACUUUCAAGCAGGAGGAACUAGAGAAUGAAGAGCUGAAGCCCAGGGAAGAGCCCCAGUCUGCAGUUGAGCAGGAGAUUGUUCAGGAGACGUUCAACAAAAACUUUGUCUGCAAUGUCUGUGAAUCACCUUUUCUUUCCAUUAAAGAUCUAACCAAACAUUUAUCUAUCCAUGCUGAAGAAUGGCCCUUCAAAUGUGAAUUUUGUGUGCAGCUCUUUAAGGCUAAAACUGAUCUGUCAGAACAUCGCUUUUUGCUUCAUGGAGUUGGGAAUAUCUUUGUGUGUUCGGUUUGUAAAAAAGAGUUUGCUUUUUUGUGCAAUUUGCAGCAGCACCAGCGAGAUCUCCACCCCGAUAAGGUGUGCACACACCAUGAGUUUGAGAGCGGCACGCUCAGGCCCCAGAACUUCACAGACCCCAGCAAGGCCCACGUAGAGCACAUGCAGAGUUUGCCGGAAGACCCUCUAGAAACCUCGAAAGAAGAAGAAGAAUUAAAUGAUUCCUCUGAAGAGCUCUACACGACCAUAAAAAUAAUGGCUUCUGGAAUAAAGACAAAAGACCCAGAUGUUCGACUGGGUCUCAAUCAACAUUACCCAAGCUUUAAACCACCUCCAUUUCAGUACCAUCACCGAAACCCCAUGGGGAUCGGCGUGACGGCCACAAAUUUCACUACGCACAAUAUCCCGCAGACUUUCACCACUGCCAUUCGCUGCACAAAGUGUGGGAAGGGUGUAGACAACAUGCCAGAGUUACACAAACACAUCCUGGCAUGUGCCUCUGCUAGUGACAAGAAGAGGUAUACCCCUAAGAAAAACCCAGUCCCCUUGAAACAGACUGUGCAGCCCAAGAACGGCGUGGUGGUUUUCGAUAACUCGGGGAAAAAUGCCUUCAGACGGAUGGGACAGCCCAAGAGACUGAACUUCAGUGUCGAGCUCAGCAAGAUGUCCUCAAACAAGCUCAAGCUAAAUGCAUUGAAGAAAAAAAACCAGCUUGUCCAGAAAGCAAUCCUGCAAAAAAACAAAUCUGCAAAGCAGAAGGCCGACCUAAAAACCGCCUCCGAGUGCUCCUCGCACAUCUGCCCGUACUGUCACAGAGAGUUCACGUACAUCGGGAGCCUGAAUAAGCACGCCGCUUUCAGCUGCCCCAAAAAACCUCUUUCUCCUUCCAAAAAAAAAGCUGCCCACUCAUCCAAGAAAGGUGGACACCCGUCACCUGCAAGUAACGACAAAAACAAUAGCGGCCACCGCAGGCGGACCGCGGACGCUGAGAUCAAGAUGCAAAGUGUGCAGGCACCCCUGGGCAAGACCAGGGCGCGCAGCUCAGGCCCGGCACAAGUCCCGCUGCCCUCGUCGGCCUUCAGGUCCAAGCAGAAUGUCAAGUUCACGGCUUCGGUGAAGUCCAAAAAGCCAAGCUCCUCCUUAAGGAACUCAAGCCCCAUAAGAAUGGCCAAAAUAACCCACGGCGAGGGGAAAAAACCCAAAGCUGUGGCCAAGAAUCAUUCUGCUCAGCUCGCGAGCAAGACGUCCCGGAGCCUGCACGUGAGGGUACAGAAAAGCAAAGCCGUCUUACAGAGCAAAUCCGCUCUGGCCAGUAAGAAAAGAACAGACCGGUUCAAUGUAAAAUCUAGAGAACGGAGUGGGGGGCCAGUCACCCGAAGCCUCCAGCUGGCAGCUGCUGCCGAGCCGGGCGACAGCAGGAGGGAGGAUGGUGGUGGCAAGCAGGAGCUGAAGGACUUCAGCUACAGUCUCCGCCUGGCGUCCCGGUGUCCUCCUCCAGCCGCCCCGUACAUCACCAGGCAGUGUAGGAAUGUCAAGGCGACGGCUGCAGCCCAGUUCCAGGGACCCCUCUUCAAAGAGUAGACACUUCGCCUGCUCCCUGACAGGUGCAGCUUCCCCGGCAAGGUGCUCAGGUGAAUAGAAGCCCAAUGUAAUUAGCAUCUGCAGUUAACAGCCUCUAUUCGCCCAUCAACAGUGAGCAUUCGGAACUGAAUGGCCUAAUUUCUAAGUGACUGGAACUUGCCCCUUCAAGUCUUAAACUUUUUUAUGUUUCUAAUUUGUAUUUACAACAAGCCUGUUGUGGAUCUAUCUAUAUAGAUCUAUCUAUCUAUAGAUACACAUACGUGUAUACAAAUUAAAGAACACCUUAUUUAUACUGUUUGUUCUUGCUCGGAGCCGCCAUAACAAAAUACCACAGACUGGGGCUUAAACAUGCAGACAUUUGUCUCUUACAGUUCUGGAGGCAGAAGUCUCAGGCCAGGGCGCCGGCACGGUCCUCACCAGAACCUUCUUCCAGGCUCACAGAGGCCAUCUUCUGGCUGCAUCCUCCGUGGUGCAGAGAGGAGGCCCUGGUGUCCCUUGUAAGGGCACUAAUCCCAUCACACGAGGGGUGAGGGCUUCCUCCUAUGAAUCUUGAGGGGGACACAGUUCAGCCCAUUGCCGUGUUUAACACAUUUCCAGAAUGAUUUUUUUUCAGUGCUGUGACAAAGGAUGUUAGCGUGGGCAGGGCAUGUAGGUCACAGAGAGGCAGUUGGCAGAACUGGGGGCAGAACUUGAGUCGUCUGACUCCUAGAAUGGAUGGUGGACUUUUUAAGUGGCCUACGCUUGUCCCCUGAGACCCCGUGUGAGACUGUGUGUGCAGUGGGGUCUGUUAUGAGGAACGGGUGACAUCCUGGAAGCGCCCAGGCCCCGGGACUGCCCCUCACCUGUUGCUCUCGCCGGCUUAGAGGCUCUGGCCACUUUACUCGACGGUCCGAACCGAGCUAGGAGCUCGGCUUUUCCUCCUGUGACUGUUGUCUGCGGGCACCUCCCUUUUCUGGGCUUUAUCGGUGCCAUGGGCAAAGCCCAGAGCUUUCUGUUCGCUUUCAGGUAUAAAACGUGCCACCUUGCCCAGUCCAGCGUGAAGCCUGCCCCUGUAUGUCCUGUCCGCCUCUGUCUCUUUCUGUUGCUUGGGGCCAGCUGCACUUGGGCCCCGGGGUCUUCGAGGGGACGUCCGGGGAAGGGACUGGCACCUCUCACUCAUCUGGCUGCCUCCGUGAUCUUCCCCUCAGCUGUCGCUGGCCUCGGGGCAGGCUUCCUAGCGCUGGCCUCUUAUGGGGUCCCAGGAGUGGGGUGGGUGGGGUGUCUCCCCCUGCCCGCCUACCUGAUAAGAGAGCUCCCCUCUAGCAAAUUCUGCCCAGCUCCAGCACCAGUGGUCCAGCCCACGGCCCCUGCUGCUGGGGUCCCCUCCCUGAAGGGCUGCCCCUCGGGCUGGGGACUGGUAAGAUGGCUUCUUUUGUGGGUCCCGCUCGAUGACCCACAGGUAAUACACACAUAACACCAGCCACACCGGCCCGAGGACAUGCAGGCCACUCCAUGGCUGGCCCCUGUCUCUGCGUUCUUUUUCUCCCCCGGCUUGUGCGGGGAUGGGCCUGGGCACACGUGGGCCCCCACUGGGAAGGGAGGCCCCCUCUCUUGAAGGCGCCCUCCUGUACUGCAAGCGGUCCUCCUUCCAGCCCCAUUAAGAGGUUUCGGUGGGUGGGGGUUGGAAUGGAUCGUGGUCAAGUGUGCAUUUUCUGGAAGCAAAUCCUGGCUCCAACAGUCCUGGUAGGUACUUCACUUCUCUGCGUUUCAAUUUGCCCAUCUGCAAAAUGGGUUAAUGGUAUACCUGUGUCAUAGGUCUGCUGCAAGGACUGCGUAGGUUAGUACGUGAGACGCCCUUAGGAAAGUGGCUGGUGUGUGGUCAGCCUGCCUUGAAUCAGCCCUGCUGUUUCUGCUCCCACUGAGUUAUCAGAGUAGUGGUAGGAAGAGGAAUCGUAGUUGUAGUAGGAGUAGGAGUUACAGGAAUGAUGACCAGGUCCAUGGGGUGAGAGAACGGAGCCCCUGAACUUGGCCCAGCACAACGCCAUGCUCCUAUUCUGCCCAGUGCAGCAGAAGUUACUGAGGACUGACUCACGAGCCUGGCUCUGUUGUCAAGUACUGCGAGUGGGGUUUCUGUGCAGGAGGCGCGCAGCCCAAGCCAUUCGCUAUGACGGAAAGCACACGUGGGCUCUGAGGUGGGCUCGGCUUGAGUUCCAGCCCCGCCUCUGCCCCUCGUUACCAGCCUGACCUGGUGAAAGCCGCUUGCCCUCUCUGAGCCUCUGUUUCUUCCAUGCAAGAUGGGGAUCAGUGUCACCUGCCAUGAGGGUCAUUGGGACCAUUAGAAUGAAAUCAGGUGAUAGUGUAAUCACUCCGGAAAAGCCUUUGGCAGUAUUGAUUGAAGUGGGACAAACGCAUCCCCGGGACCCAGCAGUUACACCACUAGGGAGACGCUCAGCGGGUGUGUGCACACGCAUGGGAGAGCUCCUAUGUCAUCCGUGCACACGCUACCAGCCAGCACUUCCACUUGGCGCAAACAGGCACGCAUGGGCGCCACACGUGUCUUCCAGGCGUAGAUAAGCGAGUCCUAGCCGCCCGCAUCCCUCACGGUGGCCCCGGAUCGGAAGCUGCCCGCUCGUGCACUGGUGGGGACCAGCUAGAUGAAAGUGGCAGGAUCCCGCGGUAGAAUCUCCCAGCAAGGAGGUGGGCAGAGCUGCACGCACGGGCUCCAAAGGGAUGAAUCCCCCAAAUGCACCAUGUGGAAGAAGCCCAGACGGGAAGGAUGUGUGCUGGUUGAUUCCAUUUACUUCAGUUAAAAAACGGACAAAAAUCAAUCCCUGGUGAUCGAGGGGAGGUAGUUAUUCUGGGGGUGAGGGUUAGUGCUGGUCCUAAAAAGGAGCCUGGGCUGGGGGCUAAGGGGAGGUUGGUCACGUUCUGUUUCUUGAUCUGGGUGCUGGUUGCACGGGUGGAAAUUCAUCAAGCUGUGCUUUCUUUCUGUACGCGUGGUGUAUGUCAGUAAAUUGUUGCAUUAGAAGAACUGACUGAGAUGGUGCUUCAGCAGCCCAGGGAAGGCACUGAGGAUGCGGCCACUGUUACCAUUUUUCUUUUCUUUUUCUC